CGACACCGUGGCAAUGUGAAUGACGCAUGAUUAGCUUGAUCGUUUUGCUUGGAUGCUUCUAAGGAAUUUCCGAUAGAAUCAAAGGAACAGAUCGCUAGUUUUUUCGGUGCCGUUCGAGUAGUACAAAAGAUCUUCACAGAACCAAGCCAUCGUGGAGCUGUCACGUCGGUUUUUAUUUUCUGA